AUGCACUACUUUAGAGUUCCGAGGGCAUACUGGAAAGACCGACUGUACAAGAUCAAGAUGGCCGGCCUCAACACGGUUGCCUUCUACAUCGAGUGGAGCGGACACGAGCCGGAGUCAGGAGUGCACAACUUCGUCGACGACUACGAUCUGGACGCCUUCUUGGAGGAGAUCAAGGAACAAGGUCUCCUGGCCAUAGCUCGCCCGGGCCCGUACAUCUGCGGGGAGCGGGACAACGGAGGAUUCCCCAGCGACAAGAACUUCGUAGCGGCAGUGGACCGGUGGUUCGCGAAGCUCCUGCCCAUGCUGGUACCACACCUGUACCGAAACGGUGGCCCGCUCUUCGCCGUCCAAGUUGAGAAUGAGUACGGCCACUACGGCAAGUGUGACCUAGCGUACAUGGAACACCUGCUGACCGUCAUGGAGUCUCACAUGGGCAAGGACGUCGUCUACUACCGCACGGAUUUCCCUUUCGUCUCUUUCUACAACUGCGACAAGGUGCGUGACAUUCUCGUCGCCGGUAACAUCCCGUCACACUACAACGUGCCCGCCGUGUUCAGUGUCAUGAAGGGCGCGAACCCCAAGCCGGCCCCCAUGGUCGUCAUCGAGUACUACACGGGCUGGAUGGACUACUGGGGUUGGUCGCACAACAGCAAGACGAAGGACGCCGUGCUCGACACCUUCAAGAUCAUGAUGACCCACAACGCAUCCGUGACCUUCUACAUGUUCGUAGGCGGCACGAACUUCGGCUUCAAGUCGGCAAAAGGCAAUACUUACCCCCUCACGACCAGCUACGACUACGGAGCACCCAUCGCCGAAGACGGUGACAUGAGGUCCAUCUACUACGACAUACGGAACCUGACGACCAACUACCUGGGUCACGUACCCAGCGGGGAGAUGCCUCAAAACCAGACCAAGCUUAACGUGGGCACCGUUCAACUCGACGAACAUAUUUCUCUGGAAGAAGUGAUGGACCACUUCCGCAGCAAGGAAUGGCUCGAACAAAAGCAUUCCGUCGACCUGUUGACAUUCGAGGCAAUGAGACACGACUAUGGCUUCCUGAUUUAUAGGACUACAGUCAACGUGGUCACCGCGGCGACAGCGGUGCUUAACCUGCCGGCGCUACGCGACCGGGCUUACGUUCGCGCCGGAGCAUAA